CUAUAAACAAAAGUAUUGUAUCUUCAGUCUAGCUAUAGUUCUCGUUCGAAACGUAAACACAAUCUUUGUGUUCAGCUGAUAUUCAAUUGAAGUGGGUUUUUUACCAUUCUAUAUUAUUUAUUUUUUUACGAAACACUUGCUUUUUUGAAGCUGUUAGAUAAAGGAAAUUAUAUUUAACAACAAUGGCUAAAUUUCUAUUAAUUAAUUUGACUGGUUUACUAAUGCUGUUGAGUUUUGUAUGGACCAUCCAGGCAAGAGAUUGUCCCACCGCCUCUAAAAAUUACGUUUGCACUCCUCGCUGUUACAAGGACAGUGAUUGUGCUUCCAUAGCUGGAAAAUGUUGUCCCAAUUUGUGUAAUCAAAAUUCUUGUGUUGCUCCUCACAUGCUAACAAAUAGUGGUGAUAAAUAUGGCACCAAACCAGAUAAAUAUGGUGGUUCUGGUUCGGUUCAUUGCGGCAACGUUAAAUGUGGCCCAUUCGAAAAAUGUGAAGUGGAUCGUAUUACCAAACGUGAGAAAUGUGUUAGAGCUUAAGUGUUUUAAAAAAAAUGUAAAGUAAUUUGCACAGUGUAAUUUUGUUUAAAACUAAAUAUAGCCUAUCACAUACAUACAUAUACAGUUGAUAACUGUUAAUAAAAAAUAUGAA